AUGGCGUCUUUGACACCGGUCGAAUACACUUCCAAAAUCUUUCAUAACAUCGUAGUCACGCCUGCACAAGAAUUUCACCUACUCAACGAAUUGGUAAAAUCAGCCGCAGUUGCCAUCCACAAUUCCAACUUUAAAUCCGGAUUCACCUUCGAGCACGUGGGUAUGCUCCUAGUCACAAGUUCCAAUGUGAAACUCUUGGUGCACAGCGGUCCGAUGUGCGGCACGGUGAUAGACCUUUUUACUUUCGAACUCGCGAGAAAGUAUCGUAUCACCGAAUUCUACAAACCAUUGGAUGGAGUUCGGGUUCGUGACUUUUACGUGACUUCCGGUGGAAACAAACCUUGGGGGUGGGGAAGUGAUAAAGCUGGGAUGUGCACGGAUUCGGUGUGGAGGAUGUUGGAGACGUUGUUCGACGCUAAGGAGGGGGUCGAACUAAGAUUUGAGUGGGCCGAUAAACAGCACGGAAGUUUUCUCAGUAGUUUCUUGGUGGACAUCUCGUACUUCUGGAUCAUGAGACUGUACUUUGGAAAUAGGACAUGA